AUGCGCUCGGGAGAGCAUGGAAGCAUCGCGGUACAUCCGAAAAUAUCCCUACCCUACGCUGCUAUGCUGGUACGAGAAAAUCCAGGCAUAUACCUUUCGUCGCUAUGGGGCGUUCGACCACCACUUCUGCUGCUGCUCUUCAUAUUUAUUCUGAGGAUUCCAAACGCAGAGAUGUGUCAAAGCCACACACCACCGGUACCUACAAAGCCCCCCUCAGUUCCCUCGCAGACACGUCACGUUAACUUAUAUCUCCUGUCGGACUACUCGCACUGCCAGCUGUUUAGGAAUAUUGGAGAUCAGCAUCUUUACAUGAAGGUUCUGACAAACGGAGUGAGAGCAACCUUCAGCGGACUGCCACACGAGCUGGGACUCAAUGUCAGGCUCGUUGGAAUCGACUGCCUAAACAUUUCCGAACAAGCCAAGAUGUAUAAAACCAGCCUCCGGGACGGCAAGUUGGAUGAGAAUAGUGCUUGGUUCGGUUUAAUGUUUUUUGCAUCACAAAACGCGAAGCGGUUUGAAAAUGCUACGAUCAUCGUAAUGUUAACGCAGUACGCCUUCCAGGAUGUAACUAAAACUGGCUACUCCGUCCUUGGUGGAUUAUGCAGUAAAGAUCAAGUAGUACUCGUCAGCGAUGAACACGCACUCUACCGCAUUCAAGGGGUCGUGGCGGAGCACAUCUUGAGAGUGAUGGCCGUGAAUUUGGAGGAGGAGGCGCUUGAGAAAUGCGUAAAGAAUAAAAACGUACUGCCCCAAUGCGGUUUGGAUAUGCUCAAGGCUUCGCUCGCCCGCGUACCCCAACACUGCUUUCGACCAAGAGGACAGGAAGUUUCCCAAGUCACGAGCUUGCCUGGCGACAUCGUCAAUUUGUCGGAACUCUGCAAAGCAAUGUAUCCCGACGAACCGAAAAUGCAACACUGUUUCGAACACGAGGACACUGGGAUGCAUCGCUUCUAUACAGUGUACAAAUGCGAGUUAACCUGCUGUGUCUGGAAGAGCAGUCUGGAUAGAAAAUUGCGUGUAGCUGCAUCAAUACAAGGUCUUCGAUGCGGUACCAAAAAUCAGUUUUGCGUCAACGGCGCUUGCUACAACCGUGAAGAAUGGAUCAAGGAGCACCUUCCUAAUGGUUCCCUCGACAUCCGUCCAGACGUUCCGCGCAAGAGACCGUUUUAA